AUGAUUGACAUUAAAAUAGAAAAGUGUUAUAGCACAAUUAGCUUACAUUACAUAUUUUCUGAAACUCUUAAAGAAAUCGAUACUUAUUUUAAUGAUGACAACUCGGCACGAUUUUUAACAGUUAACGUAAGGGCUGGUACAACACAAUAUAACCAACUUCGACGAUAUUUUUUCUUGCAUGGAUAUACUAUUGCGCGUAAUUUAGAAGAGCUCCAAGAAAAUUUAAUCGAAAUAGAAAAUUUAAUUGAAAUAACUCAAAAUGUAACUGAUGUUCGUGAACUGCAGCUUGACCGUUCAUUUGAAGACAUUUUUGGCAACAGCACUGAAUCGGCUGUGCACAUAUUUCCAAAUAAUCGUUUCAAAUUUGAGGCGGACAAAGUUUUGUUGGCACCGCUAAAUCAGAUGCAAUUUUACACCGGACAGUUAACGCUAUCCACGACAUUCAUAAAAAGUGAUCAUUAUAAUACUCUCAUGUAUAAAGUACAUAAGGUUAAUGAAUAUUUUAAGAGAGUUAAAGAUUAUCGUCAACUACAUGUAUUCCUGGUAAGGGUUAACAACGUCAAAGAACAACGGGUUAGACAAAUAUUUCAACUGUAUGGGUAUAUGUUUGCUUGCGAUUACACAAAACUAGAGCCGAUUUUAAGAAAGCAGCUUACCUUAGCCCUAGACGUAGACAGUUCAAAGUUUGAAAUUAAAGUUAGCAACACCGUCAGGCCCGAACUUGAGAUCUGCAAAGCAAGAGUAUUCAAAACAAUUAACGUUGAAAAUUUUGUGUGGAUUGAGCCUAUUAAUAACGAGAAGGCCGUCCAUCAAUUCAUGCUGGAGCGCCUCGGCUUUCAGGUAGAAGCGACAGCGAAAGGCCAAGACGCCAUUGAUCGCACUGCCACUGAAAACUAUGCAGCGAUCCUUCUGGACUUGGGUCUACCUGAUGUGCAGGGAGAAGACGUCAUUGUAGCGAUCCGAACGCGAGAACAAACCACAGGUCAUCAUUUACCCAUCAUUGUAAAUAGCGCCCAUGCCAUUGAAGAGACCCUGCAAGCUACUCAAAAUAAAGGGGCAGAUGCUGCCUUUAUUAAACCUAUCCGAUCUGGCCUUCAAUAG